ACGAAAGCAAAAGCAACCUGUAAAAAGCGCUGACACACAGACUGACGCUUUUUAUCUUCGAUUCAGAAUCAGGUAUCAACUUUAUUCUCAUCUCUUCUGUCUUCAAAGUGAAGAUGUUUCGCAGUUUGGAGCACUGUGAGCUGCAGACUGGAGGUUUCUGCUUUGAAAACAGCCGCAGGAAUGUAGUGUUGGAGUCCAGUUUGUCAGAACUUGGCUACAAAGCCCCCAUUGCCAGAAAGACAGGGACCACGAUCGCUGGCAUUGUUUACAAGGAUGGCGUGAUCCUUGGGGCAGACACCAGGGCAACAGACGACAUGGUGGUGGCUGACAAAAACUGCAUGAAGAUUCAUUACAUCGCUCCAAAUAUCUACUGCUGUGGGGCCGGCGUGGCUGCAGACGCAGAGAUCACCACACAGAUAAUGGCAUCCAACGUGGAGCUGCACACACUCAACACUGGGCGACCCCCCCUUGUUGCCAUGGUAACCCGGCAGCUGAAACAGAUGCUGUUCAGGUACCAGGGUCACGUCGGUUCAUCUCUGAUUGUUGGAGGAGUUGAUGUGACAGGAGCUCACCUGUUCAGUGUUUACCCACACGGCUCCUACGACAAACUGCCUUUCCUCACCAUGGGCUCUGGAGCUGCAGCUGCUGUCUCUAUAUUUGAAGACAGAUUCAAACCAAACAUGGAGCUGGAGGAGGCAAAGCAGCUCGUAAAUGACGCCAUUGCUGCAGGGAUUUUCUGUGACCUGGGUUCAGGAAGCAACGUGGACUUGUGUGUUAUCACUGAAGCUGGGGUGGAGUACCUGCGAGGCUACGACAAGCCCACGAUGAAGGGAAAAAGAGAGGGACAAUACAGGUAUAAGCCUGGCACCACGGCCAUCCUGACCAAAACUAUAACUCCACUUUCUCUGGAUGUGGUCGACGAAUCUGUUCAGAUCAUGGACACUGAAUAAAACACAAUAAAAUACUCCUGGUGGAAUAGGUUAUUUGUUAUCUGUUAGUCAUUUGUUAGAUGAUCUGUACCUUUUUUAUACAGUUCUUAAUUCUGUAUUAUGUAUAUAUAUAUAUUAUGUAUAUUGUAUUCAACGAAAUACUGAGAUACAGGCCUUAUGUGUAUAUUUUUUUAUAAGUUUUCUUACACACCGUAUAAUCAAGAAGACCUGGCCAGACCUUUUCUAUGUGGAGAGUCUCUACAAAGGUACCCCAAAGGCUGCUUUCUUUAUCAAAGAAUAUUGAAGUUAAAUAUCCUUUAACAUGUUAAAUAAUUUAACAUAUACCGUGUCAACCAAUUCUACUUGAUGUUGCUGAGAGCUACUUCUCUCUUACUAUGUGCUGAAUGCUACAUUAUUGUAAAUCAUCAUGGAUAUACUUUGCAGUGAUGCCAACAUGUUACCACCAGAAAACAGUUCUACAUAACAUGAUACGCAGAUACUGAUAUGUCUAAUGUCAGCUGACCAAUAUAUCAAUCGAGCUCUAUUUCAUUCAGUGAAUUCUACUCCAACAUUGUUUAACAAAAAUAGUUUUCAAGAUUAGUAAUGCCAAAUUCCAACCCUACCUAUAUUAUGUUCUUAAAAAUUAUAUCAGACAAUCCUGUCACUUUUUAGGUUUGUUAUGUUCUGGUUUCAUAAAGAUGAAGACAGUUGGAGUAAUUUUUUCCUGGGCAGUUAUCAUGUUUUCCCCAAAUGAUGUACUGAUUUUUAGGCAUUCUAUUAUCUCAACUGGCUUGAAAAUCGUGCACAUAGGUGUCCUAUAGACAUAUAAAAUCUUUAUAUAUGUCAAUAAGCUGCCCUAGGUUGAACUUCUGUGGUUUGAAGUUUAGUUUCUCUACUGCGUCCCUGUUUAUACUCUGCUUUAUUUUACUGUUUCAUGUUCGCUUUCAGCAGGAAUCGUGUUAUGUUACUGCUGAUGAAAACCCCAAACUUCCUGGUUUUGCUGC